CGGCUGUGCUUUGCGAUGGUGGAGGACGUCAGUGCCGGGCUUGUGUGCAGUAUGUUAGACCCUGAGGGCAGUGUAGAGCACAAAGCGGAUCCCUCCUUCCCCAAAGUUUUUCUUAUCCCCUUAGCCAUGCUGAUCGUCAUAGGAGCGUUGCUCUUCUUAGCAUUUUCCGCCACCGAACCGAAAGAGGACAGUUUUUACUCCUAUAAAGUGGUGAACAUCAGGGGCAAGCUAGUUUCCCUGGACAAAUACAGAGGCUCGGUAGCCUUAGUUGUCAAUGUUGCAAGUGAGUGUGGCUAUACAGACAGCCACUACAAAGCCCUUCAACAGCUGCAGAGAGAACUUGGCUCAUAUCAUUUUAACGUGCUGGCAUUCCCUUGUAAUCAAUUUGGACUUCAAGAACCAGGCACCAACAAAGAAAUUGAGAGUUUUGCCAGGAAAACAUAUGGAGUCACCUUUCCCAUGUUCAGCAAGAUAGCAGUCAAGGGCACCGGGGCAAAUCCAGCCUUCAAAUAUUUAAUUGAUUCCACUGGUGAGGAGCCAACCUGGAAUUUCUGGAAAUACCUUGUAGAUCCAAAUGGGAAAACGGUCAAGGCUUGGGACUCUACUGUCACUAUUGAGGAAAUAAAACCUCACAUCACUGAACUUGUGAGGAAUAUCAUCCUGAAGAAAAAAGAUGAACUGUGAUUACACCCAUACCCACACCCACACACCCCACUAAUUCUUGAACCUCUGAUUAUAAUUUGGACCACUAUUUUCACUCUUCUCAUUCCUAAAAGAAAAUGUAAUUUUAAAAAAUGGUCAAUAUGAAUUCCAUCAACAUGAGUUAUCUCCAUCCUCCAAGUACAAUACUGUAUUUUA